UGAACCCGACAUUCUCAAAAGAGAUUCUCAGAUUGUAUACAAGGCUGCCUCAAGGAAGAUGAGAGGGUUCCCAGAUUGUAGAAAUCCAAAAAUGUGAUUGUCCAUGUCUAAAAUUCCGGAGUUUUUGGCUUAUUAGUGGUUGCUCUGUUUCUGUCAUCUUGCAUAUAAAUAUGUUCUUAAAGUUGAAUGCUUUUGUUAUGGGCACUGCCGGUUAGGCUAUUUUGCUCUGUAGAUUUCUUUUGGCUUUUGUUUUGAGCUGUGGUUGAUGUCUAUUGGAGUUAGUUUAGUGAGAAAACUAAGUUUUUUUUUUUUUUGAAGAUAUGUGCAGUUUAAGUAAGAUUAGGGAAGAUCACAGGAGGAAAAUGUGCUGCUAAUGAAAGACAUUUUCAUUCUUGUUUUCACUUGACUUUUCGCAAAAUUGAUUCUCAUUAAUUUUGCACAUGUUUUACUCAUUAUGUAGACAUAUUUUCUUUGAUAUCUUCCUUUUUAGUUUUAUCAUAAAAAUUUCAUGUUUUAAAUGUGCUACAAUGAUGAAUUGUUUGUGCGGCCAUAUAAAGUAUUAGUAUUCAUUAAAAAAAAAUUAAAAAAAUUAUGUUAGGUAAAGUUAUGGAGUCACUGUUCUUGAUUUUGUUUGUUUUGGCCCUUGGAGUGGAAGAAGAUUGUAUCCUGAAAUGAGAUAUAAGUCUGUGUUUUGUUGGGUCAUUUGAAAAACCCCAAUCAGUGACCUGAAAUUUUCGUAAAACAAAAACCAAAUGUUGGGUAGUAGUCACCGGAUCAACUUUGGUGUAUCAAAAUGGUACGAUUUUGGUACACCGGCGCGGAGCCUAACACAGAAUCUAAGUCGAGUUCCAUGGCAGUGUAAAAAAAGGGCAUCAUUUUGGUGCACAAGACCGCACAGAGAGGGGAUCCUUUUCCGAAAAGAAGAACAGCUGCCGGUGGUGUGUCAAGUCUACACCGAAAUGGAGAACAUGUCGCCGCCGUUGCCGGUGCCGGAAGUUGGGGUGCAGGUGUUCCUAUUUAAAGACAACACGGUGCUGUUGGGACGGCGGCGCUCGUCCAUAGGCCACCAUACCUUUGCCCUUCCCGGCGGUCAUCUCGAGUUUGGGGAGAGCUUUGAGGAAUGUGCAGCGAGAGAAGUGAAGGAAGAAACCGGUUUAGACAUUGAGAAAAUUGAGUUUUUAACGGUCACCAACAAUGUCUUCUCUGCAGAAGCCAAGCCAGUACAUGUUGUCGUCAUAUUCUUGCGUGCAGUCUUGGCAGAUCCCCAUCAAUUGCCGCGAAAUAUUGAGCCUGAUAUGUGUGAUGGCUGGGAUUGGUACGAGUGGGACAACCUCCCAAAACCACUCGUUGAACCGUUAGAAAAAAUGCUGCAAGGUGGUUUUGCUCCUUUCCCAUCUGAAUAGAUGAUAAAAGAAACUGCUCUGCUUUGCUUCCUGCUGCUUUCUAUGUCACUUGAUUAUAUACCACACAUUAUUAAAGGACCUAUGAAACUAGGAAUGUCCACCUUAUUAGGUUUGACAAUUUGAAAAUCAUGUAUGGAUGAAGCUUCCUGUCAACUUUGUGACUGGUUAAUCUAUCAAUUAUAGUAAUUGCUUGAAUAUAUGUUUACUAUUUCUA